AAUAUAUGAGGUUUAUACGAUAUAUGUAUAUAUUUGUUGAACUAAAGUAGAUUUUAUGUGAGAAAUGUAAACUUUUUUUUUAAUUUAAAUUUAAAAACUUAAAAAUCAAUUAUUCAAAUAAUCCUCGCGUUCGAUCCAGGCGAUCAAUCAGCGAUGAAAUUUUCGGUUUCGUAUAAUAAAUGCCUUAGUUUUGAUAAUCUUUUAAUUGUGUUGGAGAAUAUAUAGAACUGUUUGCAGAUUCGUUGGCCUAUGAAAACCGUGUAACAUAAUUUUGUCUCAGUGUAAUCUAAAUCAAAUUGCAAAUAAAUUGUGUUAACGAAAUGUCAAGCGCUUGUUGUUGAAUUAUUUGCCACGUUGACUGUUGAAUCUGUGGAAUGUAAUAAUAUGAACGAUAGCGUCGAGAGUAUUAUAAUUUACGUAUUUUGAACCAAUUAGACGCUUUUAUUUAUUUUUUUAUUUUUAACUCGGAAAGGAUGAUCUUGAAACUCAAAAAAUAAUAUGCGAAAAAUGCUACGAGUUCCAAAAAAUCUUUGUUUUCUUUACAUUGUUUAAAAUAUUAAAAUUAAAAUCGCUUCUUGACGUAUGGCAAUUGGAUAAGAAAAUUUACCCUCACCGCAAUAUUAUUAAUUAACUUUCUUCUUGAUCCUAUCCUACAAUAAAACUCCCUCCCCCCUCCCUCUCUUCCAAAAUUAUGCAAUAUUAAGAAGCCUUUAACUACCUAAAUCCCAUCCUUCCUACGUAAAUCCCACCAAACUUACCCCUUCCAUCUAAAAACAACUUCCACCCGACGUAUAAAGCUUCCUGAAAUUCGAGCAACCCCUCGAAAUCAUCAGAACCAGCAUCCCUGCGUUUUCUAACUCCAUGAAGUCGUAAAGAACGAGUGUUCAUCUCGAUGUAAUACACCCCUCGAACGUACACCCUUUUAUUUAAUCGUCAAGAUACAGAAAUUCCAGAAGAAACGUAACAUCCAAUUUGAAAAAAAUUCAAAGAAUUUUUCGCAAAAUAUUUGUUCCUUCUUUAAUCCCUUCCUUUUUCAACCAUAAAGAUAAAAAAGGAAUCGAAGAUGGCCUCUAAACUUAUUUAAACGUACUCAAACGAAUCAUCGUCCAGACAGAUAGGCAAUAUUAUUCGCAAAAUAUUUGUCCCUUCUUUAAUCCCUUCCUUUUUCAACCAUAAAGAUGAAAACGAAUCGAAGAUGGCCUCUAAACUUAUUUAAACAUAUUCAAACGAAUCAUCGUCCAGACAGAUAGGCAAUAUUACAACGAAAAAAGAAGAAAGAAUUUUUAUUUUUCGAAAACCAAUCGUUUCUUCUAUGAAAUAUAACCAAUCUGCUAAAAUAUAUAACUAUAAUCGUAACGCAACAUGUAUAACGCCAGGAUUGUGGUUACCAGCAAUUAGAACGGCAACCCAUUUUCACCGGAAGGCAAAGGAGCGAAUGAAGCAGGGAGAUUGGAGGCAGGCAACACGGCAUAACUAAUGACGAGGAGAUAAACUGCUUGGUAAACGACGCGUAACGAAGGUGGCGCGGAGAUUCCGCGCAGAAACGGAAAUACCCAGGGGAUGCCCCUUGUAAAGGAAAUUGUUGAAGGAUCCCGGCCGGAAACCACUCUUCUGCCCGCGUUCAGUCGUGGAAAAAAUGGAACAAGCCAUGCUGCGAGCGAAAUUUUUAACAAUUAUUUUCUCCAGGCACAUCUUGUAACUCUCCUCGUGCAAAUAAUGGAAAUAAUUUUAAGGAAAUUUGGUAUUAUAAGUUAAAAUUUUCUAAUUGAUUUAAAUUGGAGAAUUAUUUCGACUUUAAAUUUAUUUUGUCGAAAGUCGUUUAAUCGUUUUCUUCGUAUUAUUGACAUUUAUUAUGGAGAAAUACGAACGAAAGUAAGAAGAUAUUUAUUUUUGAGAUGAAAUUUAGUAUUAAUAAAAUUUGUAAUUGGUUAAAUUUUUGAAAAUUAUUUAUAUUGACUGUAAUUUAUUUUAAUCGAUUUUGCCUCGAUUUUUAAAAAAGUUACGCGAGCUAAUGUUCCUUCUCAUGUUCUCAAAAUAAAAGAGAACAGUCGUCAAGAUUUACUUGAUUAUUUACUCUAUUUAUUUUACUAUAAUAUAUUUUACUAUGCUACGUUUUUUAUCUUAUCUCUUAUCAGUGUUUGAUUUGGCGUUAAUUUAUCUGUCUAAUAAUUUGAUUCUCUGUAAAUACAAUUUUGCUUGUUUUACAAAAAAGAAAAAACGAAAAGGAUUAUAAUUCAUCCCGAUUUACAAGUUUUUAAUAUAAAACUUUCAGAAUCCGAUCCAUUUGUAAUCGAACGAACAAUGGAUACAAUACGGUAAAUAACAUCACGGAUAUGGAAGACUAGAUUCAAAGUUUUCAUGUUUAUCAGCAAGCUUCAUUGGACAUGACCGAAUUCGUAAGUAUCCUUUACCCGUAGAUAGGAGUUUAAUAACGUGGAAUUAAGUCGAGGAAUUAGCUUAACAAAUUAUACCACUUCCCAAGUACUUUGUCCCGCUUAAUUUUCUACUUAAUUUAAUUAGUCAGCAGCAUAAGUUAAAACUCAAAUAUUCGACAAGUUUUAUCGUUAAAAAGUAUCACCUUGCUUAAACAAACAAAAUCGUAUGCUUCGCGAAUACAUGAAAUUUCACGAAUUUAACGAUCUCUAAUCUCUAAUCGAGAAACGACAUGAAGAGAAUGUAAUAAAUUUAUCGAAACAACGAUCGAAUACGUAUUUCCAUUUAAAAAGAAAAAGAAAAAAAAAGGAAGAGGAGGAAAAAAUUCAAUGUACGCACAUCUGUGACGUCUCUAGAUACAAAUGGCGAGAUAUAAAUACGAGUGAAAUAAAAUUAAAAUAAACGAAUAAAGAAAUAAUAAUCUUAUCUGUGAUAGUGUCUCAAAAUUGACAGCGAGGGGAGAAGACAUGUAUAUCGCUCGGUCAUAAAUAACAAUCGUAAACGAAACGUGAUGUAAAGUCGUUGGAUUCGUGUAUAAUUUGUCUUAUACGAUCGUACACAAUUAUGGAAGCGUCGAAACAACGUCGUUUUAUAUAACGUUUCGUCAACAUUCCAAAUUAAUUCAGUUCUCUUUAAUCUACUCGCGCGAAUCCGACCAACCGAUUCCGUACAAAAUUCGAUCUUCGAUUUCGCACGAUACACGAUACACAUGCACGAUCGAUGCACGCACAGUGCACACUGAAGAGAAGGAAGAGGAGAUCGUGAAAUCGGGCAGUUUUUGAGGAGAGCCUUCGCCCCGCGCCUCUUUUCGAGAGCGAGCGAAUCAACUUAAUCAGCCGCUCGAUCGGUCACUGUUUUUCCAUCGCGGUUUUCGCGCUCAGAAGCGACUCAUCCUCUCAUCGCGCGCCUCUGGUCGAACCGGAGCUUUUCGAGAAAAUUUUUUUCGCAAAAAGGGGCAAUGGGAAGGAAUUCGAUCGAUAAUUGUUCGUUGGGUUUGUUAAUUGCGCUGGCUGCGGCGGUUGUGACCGGUUUUAACUGGAAUACGAGGGUGACGACCAAGUUUGGCGACAUUAAGGGACUUUGGAGCAGAAGCACGAGAGGGAGGCUCGUGGCGCAUUAUCUGGGUAUUCCUUACGCUCAACCGCCCCUGGGCGACUUGAGAUUUAGGAGCCCUCAGCCAUGGAAUCGAAGGUGGAACGGGACUUUCGAAGCUACGAAGAAUAGCCCAUCGUGCUAUCAGAUGUCAAAGGAUGGGAUGAUUGGAGAAGAGGAUUGUCUCUAUCUCAAUGUUUACGUGCCGAAAGAAAUUUCAGAAAAGAAGGAGAAAAGUGGGCUUCCGGUAAUGGUAUACGUAUACGGUGGAAAAUUCUCCACUGGUAAUGCUAGCAGCGACAAAUUUCCACCAAAUUAUAUAAUGGAUCAGGAUGUAAUCUUGGUUCUGAUGAAUUAUCGUGUAAAUAUUUUAGGAUUCUUCAGCACUGGCAGCAGAGCCAGCCCAGGUAACUACGGUCUAAAAGACAUCGUGCAGGCGUUGCGUUGGGUCCAGGAAAACAUCCGCUCGUUCAAUGGGAAUCCGAAGAAAGUGACCCUGUGGGGUCACAGCGCUGGCGCUGCAGCCGUUCACAUGUUGGCCCUUAACAAAAAGACGGAGGGAUUGUUCAACAGGUACAUCCUGCAAAGCGGGUUCGCCGUCAGCCCUUGGGCCAUGAAUCCCAGAAGCUUGAUGAGAAGGGUGGCGCUCGAUACAGCCAACCAUCUUCAUUGUCUUCCUUCGAAAAGGAGGGAGAAGGAGGAUAAGGAGUGCAAGGAAAUGGGGAAUGAGACGAGUCGGGAGAAGGAAAGAGCGAUGUAUACUCCGGAUGUGGCGAUUAGUGGAAGUGGAAUGGAAGAUGGGACGGAAAAAUACAGCGAGGAGGAGGAGGAAGAAAUGAUGAAGUGUUUGAGGAAUGUUAAAGUCGAAGAGUUGGGGAAUAUACUGGAUCGUUAUUACAAUGUAUUGAAUAAGCCAUGCUGCCUCUUUAAACCGACCAUCGAGGAGGAAUCAAACGACGCUGUCGUGACGAUGCAUCCCUUAACAGCGAUGAAAAACCGCUUAUUCAGGGAUAUACCAUUUAUUAUGGGAGUGGUUCAGGAAGAAGGACUCAUAAAUACGAUCGAAUACGUGACGGACACCGCCUGCCAAGAUGAACUGAUAAAUAAUUUCGAGACACAUGUGGCCCGAUUGACGAACUACAAUUGGAUAAUUUCAAACUUCACACCGUUGGCCGAGCCCAUAGAGAAAUUCUACUUCGACGGGGACGUGUUCUUGACGGAGAGGAUUCAAAAUAUCACGAACGUUUCAACCGACGGCUUCCUAUUUUACUCGGCGUAUCAAACGUUGAAGUACCAAUCGAAAGUGAUGAAUUCGAGCACGUAUUUUUAUUUGUUCAACUACAAGGGCACGUUCAACUACCUUUUAACCCUUGGAUACCAAACCUAUUACGGAGUGACGCACACCGACGACUUGAACUACUUAAUACCUACGUUGAACGUGAAAUUAAAGGAUCUAAUGUUGCACAAUACCGAGGACGAUGUCACUAUGAUCAACAUAAUGACCGAAUUGUGGGCCAAUUUCGCGAGCACGGGUGUGCCGAGCGCUUGGAGAAUAUCCUCGUGGCCUGACUACAAGGAUAGCGAGCGGUUCUUCUUGAUCGGGGAUGGAAAAGUCCCGAACGUCACCGUGGGGGACACGUUUUUCCAGGAACGAAUGGAAUUUUGGGACCAAUUAUACGCAAACAUAACGCCGUACCUAAACUUUGUAAAAGUUUCCAACGAGGCUUCCAUGAACGGUUGCGUGCGAAUAUUGUUCUAUCUGACAUCGAUCUUAUUCACGAUCUUUCCAUAAGUGAAACUCAACUAUACACACACACAUAUAUAUAUAUGUAAUAUGCAUUUCAAUAUAGACUAACGAACAAAGAACAA